ACACCAGAGACGUACGACAUCUCGAAAUUUUACAGGAGAAGAGAACGAAACCCGUCCGUGAUUUGGGCAGUAAAACGAAACUAUUGUUUGUGUGUCUGUCUGUUACAAGAGAGAGAUUCAGAUAUACGAUCACAAAGGUUGAACAAAGCAGGGAAACGGCGAUAGAAAAUGGCGAGGCCCUAUGAAAUAGCCAAGGCAGGCUGGCUUCAGCGGCAGACAUCUGUAUUGAAGCGCUGGAAGAGAAACUGGUUUGUGUUAUACCAGAAUGGGGACCUGAAGUACUUUGAGAAUCCAGAUAGUCAUGUUCCAGAGGAGUGUAUAGUGGUGAGAGCAGAGUGUACCAACAUACUGACUGGGAAACAGAUAGAGUCACUGUCUCCGCCUGAAGGCAGACCUAAGGAGAACCUGUUACAGCUGAAGCUAAGGACAGGGGAGAUAAACUUAUGUGCGGACAGUGUGGAUGAUAUGAGAACCUGGCAGGUGUUGUUGGAGGAUGCUCGUGUGAUGCGUAACCCUCCCCCCGCCAACGCUGUGAUGGGUGCUCCCCCUCCAUAUCCUGGAGCAUAUCAGAUGCCACCGCCCCCACCGGUUGCAGGUUACCCCCCCACAGCGCCCUACCCACCUCAGCAGGUCACUGCAGUGAACUACCCUCGUCAACAAGUGACCUAUGCUUACCCUGGACAGGUUGUAUAUGGAGCUAACACAGUACCUUAUGCGUAUCCACCAGGUCCCCAGACCACCAUUGUGUACACGGACAAUGACUACCGGCGUAGACACGGGCUAAACGGGGACAUGGCUACAGGGUUUGUGGCGGGUGCUGCCCUUGGUACCAUGAUGUGGACCCCCAUGCUGUUCUGGUGAAAUGUGGACACCUUCAGAGACUCUAUGCUAUCAUCGUGAAAGCUUCAAUCUAAAGGUCUCGGGCAUCUACAAUGUCUCUCAUAACUCUCACGUUGCCAUGGUUGUGGUUUGCUGAGAUAAUAGAAAUCGUUCUGCUUGUGUUUAUCUAAUGUUAUAAUCUGAACGGUUUCUCCUGUUAUGUCUUGUUCAUAAACUCUGUUGCGCCUUGACAAGUGUCAGUACUGAAGUGAAGGUCUUGACUAUUAUAGUGUACGGGUGCAGCAUGAAGUUUGAAAUUUGAAUAAUUUGAUCAUAUGUGGUUCUGUUUAGAGAGAUAUUCCUUGUUAACAUUUUUCUAUUUCUGGCCCCACCCAUUUUAUUAAAAAUAUUGAGAACUGUUGUGAUCAUUCAAUUUGAAUUAUUCAUCUUUUAACUGAGACUAUUAUAUACACGGAUGUAUAUAUUGCCAUCCCUUAUGGUAAGCAAUCUAUCUUGCUGUCAGCAGGUUCAAACCCAAACAACGUACAUUCUGCUUAAAAUUUUAGUCAUUUUGACAGGUGAUUCUCCAUCACCUAAUCCAUAGCUCAUGAUCAAAGACAGGCUGUCAGAAACAUCUUUAAUAUCAACAGCAGACUCGUAUCUUUUUGUAUAAUAGCCCAAGCUUUAAAUAACCACAGUGUUUAAUUUGUUCCAUGUUGGUAUUUUAAGGUAACCUAAUUUUUCCAACCCUUGCAAUCAUCUCUGCGAUCAUUAGUUUGAAUCAUUCUGAGAGAACUGUUGGGUUGGCGUCUUUAAUGACACAAACCAAUCAUUUUUAGUGUCAUUUUUAUAAUAAUUGUAUGCAUAAAUUACAGUGAAAUAAGGGCUUUACAGCUCGAAAAGCUUUACAUUAUACAUGUAUCUAAAGCCUUGUGCUGCAGUAGUUUUGAAAUUGUUUUUGGGGGUGGGUGGGGGGAGCUUGGUCAGUGUCUACAUCAUGCCAUAUCAGAAAAAUUUUGUAUAAUAUAAUUUUUUUUUGUAUAUUAUCCCUUUCUUUUAGCUGAAGAACAUUUCCUGUAUAUGUAUUUACAAGUUCUUGUGUGAUCAUCAGUGUUUUUGUAUGUAUUGCCCACACCCUGUAGUACCACACUGCACAUGGCUUGUGAUUUUGAACCUUUCUGACAGGUUAAGGAUGUAUGAAAUGUUCGCGUUUUUUUUUUCUGAAUGUAGAGUUCAGUAUGUGUUCUAAUUAACAGGCUUGUAAUGUUGCCAAGUUCUACCAAAAUCGAAUAGAUUUCCUUGAAUUUGCUCCAACAAAAUCUUGUUUAAAUCUGGAACCACAAAAUAGUUGCUCCAAACUGAGAUGUUCAUAGUGAUUUGUUUGAUGUUCCUAAUGAAGUGAAACAAUCAUUGUUCUAAUGUAAUAAAUAUAUGAGUUUAAAUGUGACUUUUAAAAGAGAAUCCAAGCAGAUUCCCAAUGGGGUGCUUCCUGCAUUCCGAGCCAGUUUGUUGAUGAUAUCAUUUCCAAAAUUUCUGUGACAGAAAAUGUGCAUAAAAUAGAGUUGUUAUUAAGAGAUAUGAAUUGCAUGUAUGCAUAGCUUUUUUCAUUUCCCUUAAAAAUAUGAUCUUUAUUUUAAAGUUCCUGCUCAUGUAUCGUUUUAAUGGAAACUGAAAUUUACCAACAGUUCCACAUUUUGGACACAUGAGUAUGUCUGGCAACUCUUGGAGCCAUGUACCCAAAUUCUUCAGCCUUUUCAAUCACCAACCAAUAUUUUGAAACACUCUGAGAGAACUGUGGGUUGUAGAGAAAUAAUUUGCACAGUUUUAUGAAGCUUGGAUCUGUAAUGACACACAUCAGAUCAUUUCUAGCAUCAUUUUCCUAAUAAUUGUAUGCAUAAUUUCAGUUGAAAAAAGUGCUUUAAUGGUUGAAAAGGGUUGAAGAUUUACAUUAUGUGCCAUAAAGCAUCUCUGUUUUAAAUACGAAACAGAACCUUAAAAACAAAAAACAAUUAAGAAAGAAAACUGAAGACCAUAAUAAGAGGAAUGAAUUGGUGAUAAUGGGCCCAACAGACAUGCUCGGCUAAGAUAUGUCAUAGUGAUGUUGGCCGUGAAAGUUUAGUGGGCUUGUUUUCCUGAUGUUAUUGGUUGGCUAUGAAAAGUUGGGUGUGUAAUCGCAUAUAAAUGUGCAUGUGUUGUGGACAAAAAUGGAAAGUAACGGAUCAAAUUGUUAAAAUUAAUUUCUGUUGUUGGCUUAAGCACUGAUUCUUUACACUUGCCAUUUCUAGGCUACAUGCACAAAUCUGUGAUGCCCACUGUUAUGACAGCAUGAAAGGUGUAAUCACUUGUAUGUCAACCACUAUGUUUCUAUUAAUUAUUAGUCCUGGUGUAAGGUUUCCAGUCUUUGGAAAAUAGGAAAACUGAACUUUCAAUUUGCAGUGCAUAAAUCAGAGACUGGAAUAUUUAUGUGGCAAUCAUAAUUCACUCAUGAAUUUUAAGUGCAUUCAAGUUUCAUACUUCUAAAUGCAUUUUUCAUUUUUGCUUCUGAUAUUUUGAUGAUAUUUUUACUUCUGAUAUCAGUGAAUAUAAGUCCCUGUUUGGAUACAGUAUUGCACUGUUUUGAAAUUGUUUUGCUUGUUGUACUUUUUUCAUUUUGUCAUGUUUGUUGAUAUCUUUGUUCCAGGAGAAAUUGUUUCCUAGAGCUUUUAUAUUUUUAUCAUGCAGUAAAAAUGUUUAAUUACUCAGCUGAGUGUUUAACGUUCAUUAUUCUACUGUAUAAUUAGCAUUGGCUAUCAGCAUUGGUUAAGUUUGACAUGCAUCUCAGGUCAUCUCACAUCUUGUGCACAACUCAGAAUUGCUGAUAAAUUGUGCACAUUGGUUGAUAAUUAUGCACAACUCAGAAGGCCUGAUAACUGCACAACUCAGAAUGGCUGAUAACUGUGCACAUUUCAGAAAUGCUAGUCAUAGUACAUAUUUCAGACUUGCUAAUAAUUGUGCAAAACUCAGAACAGCCAAUAAUUAUGCACAACUCAGAAUGGCCGAUGUUUGUGCACAAUUCAAAACUACUGUUCUGUGCCUCUUGCUAUGUGGUAAAACUUAUUGCAUGUCUGUGAACUUAACUGGUUUGUAACCAUAUACACAUACAGCCGUACUGAAUAUUCUGAAAUAUUUGUUUCUGGGUAUAAUAGUUAAAUCAUUACACUAUUGUGAUACAAGCAGAUAAUUUUAAUGUGCAGACUUAUGGUGAGAGUUUGUAAAGUUACGUUUGUAAGAAAUGGAUUAACAAAAUGAAAACUGGUAAACAGAAGCAUUGUGUGUAAAGACGAGUAAAGAUUGGGACUACUGGAUGUUGGUGUGGCCAAGUGGUCUCGUGAGUCACUCUUACUCCAGAGCAGAGGCCUUUGACCAGUGAGUGCAGAUGUUAGUAUAUACAUGUAGCUCUCCCUGGCAAAGACUGAUUGUAUUUCAGCAAUUUAGAGAGAUUGUUGAGCUGAGUGGAAUACACGAAUAGCAUCCUGAACAUAUCUGGUGUCACUCACAAGAAACACAUUGCAGAUCCAAUUUUCAGAGUUAAUAUAACACCUCUUUUUUUUUUAUUAGUUAAUGUUAUUAGUAGAUCAUCUCAGCAGGUCAAAGGUCAUAAGAACGAGAAACAGGGAUAUUUUCUAACUUAAUAAUAAAAAAUAUUGUAUAUAUA